AUGGCUAACUUACGUACUCAAAAGAGACUUGCCGCUUCUGUCAUCGGUGUUGGUAAGAGAAAGGUUUGGUUAGACCCAAAUGAGACCACUGAACUUGCUCAAGCCAACUCCAGAAACGCUAUCAGAAGAUUGGUGAAGAACGGUACUAUCGUUAAGAAGGCUGUCACUGUUCACUCCAGAUCCAGAACCAGAGCUUACGCUUUGUCCAAGAGAAACGGUCGUCACGGUGGUUACGGUAAGAGAAAGGGUACUAAGGAAGCCCGUUUGCCAUCCCAAGUCGUUUGGAUCAGAAGACUACGUGUCUUGAGAAGACUAUUGGCUAAGUACCGUGACGCUGGUAAGAUCGACAAGCACUUGUACCACGUCUUGUACAAGGAGGCCAAGGGUAACAGUUUCAAGCACAAGAGAGCUUUGGUCGAACACAUCAUUCAAGCUAAGGCUGAUGCUCAACGUGAAAAGGCUUUGAAGGAGGAAGCUGACGCUAGAAGAUCUAAGAACAGAGCUGCUCGUGAGAGAAGAGCUCAAAGAGUCGCAGAGAAGAGAGAAAACUUGUUGAAGGAAGAUGCUUAA